CUAACAGGGUGCGGGGAUACGCUGGCGAGAGCCUACGAUGCGAAGUCAGGCUCUUUGAGGAGGAUUUUCCGAGGCCACAACGUCGGUAUCACGUGCCUUGCCGUUGUCGAUGGAUACCUGUUCACGGGCGACGGAGAAGGGGUCCUCAUGAAGUGGGAUGUCUCAAACAUUGCUCUUGGCGGGGACAUAUUUGAAACACGUACCAACUCCGUAUUGGUUUUACAAGAUCGCAUUCCCUCUUCUAGCGAUGACUUGAAAUCUCAUGGAGCAGGGGAACCGGACGUGGACACUGGGGAAAACAAGUUCUACCAGAAGCAAGACAAACGACUCCAAGACGUGGAAGCCCGUCUCGACAAUUACAUGGAGACCAGCGUCAACGCCAAGACUUCUCUGAAAGACGAAUUCGCCGCGCACGAGAGAGCUGGCUUUCAAGGAAUCUGA